CUUCCUGGGCAAAGGCAUCAUGAGUUGUCAGAUCACGUGCAAAUCUCGAAGAGCAGGAGGUGGAGGAGGAUUCCGGGGCUUCAGCAGUGGCUCAGCUGUGGUCUCUGGUGGGAGCCGGAGAUCAGGCGCCAGCUUCUCCUGCUUGAGCCGUCAUGGCGGUGGCGGAGGGGGCUAUGGUGGAGGCGGCUUUGGCAGUCGGAGUCUUGUUGGCCUCGGAGGGACCAAGAGCAUCUCCAUUAGUGUUGCCAGAGGAGGUGGAAGCUUUGGCUCCGGUGGUGGAUUUGGUGGCAGAGGAGGUGGCUUCGGAGGUGGCUUCGGAGGUGGCUUCGGAGGUGGCUUCGGAGGCGGCAGUGGCUUCGGAGGCGGCGGUUUUGGAGGAGGCGGCUUUGGUGGAGGCCGCUUGGGAGGUGGCGGUGGCUUUGGAGGUUUUGGGGGUCCUGGUGGCUUCGGGCCUGGAGGAUACCCUGGUGGAGGCAUCCAUGAAGUCUCCAUCAACCAGAGCCUCCUGCAACCUCUCAAUGUGAAAAUUGACCCUGAGAUCCAGAAUGUGAAAUCUCAGGAGCGGGAGCAGAUCAAAACUCUCAACAACAAAUUUGCUACCUUCAUUGACAAGGUGAGGUUCCUGGAGCAGCAGAACCAGGUGUUGCAGACCAAAUGGGAGUUGCUGCAGCAAAUUAAUGUCAGCACUCGCUCCACCAACCUGGACCCCAUCUUUCACGCGUACAUCGGCCAGCUGAAGAAAUAUAUAGAUUCACUGUCUUCAGAAAGGACAUCACAAGAUUCAGAGCUGAGCAACAUGCAGGACCUCGUUGAGGAUUAUAAGAAGAAGUAUGAGGAUGAAAUCAACAAGCGCACAGCUGCUGAGAAUGAUUUUGUGACACUUAAAAAGGACGUGGACAAUACCUACAUGGCCAAGGUGGAGCUGCAGGCCAAGGUAGACGUGCUGAACCAGGAGCUUGAGUUCAUGAAAGUCCUCUUUGAUGCGGAGCUGAGCCAGACGCACCAGACUAUCACCGACACCAAUGUUGUUCUGUCCAUGGACAACAACCGCAACCUGGACCUGGAGAGCAUCAUCGCCGAGGUCCAGAGCCAGUAUGAGGAGAUCGCCUACAAGAGCAAGGCUGAGGCCGAGGCCCUGUACCAGAGCAAGUAUGAGGAGCUUCAGAUCACUGCAGGGAAACAUGGAGACAGCAUGAAAGAGAUCAAGAUGGAAAUCAACGAGCUGAACCGCAUGAUCCAGAGACUGAAAGGGGAGAUUGACCACGUGAAGAAGCAGUGUAAGAAUGUGCAAGACAACAUUGCAGACGCUGAGCAGAGGGGAGAGCAUGCCAUUAAAGAUGCCAAGAACAAGCUCACUGACCUGGAGGAGGCCCUGCAGCAGGCCCGGGAGGACCUGGCCCGGCUGUUGCGUGACUACCAGGAGCUGAUGAACACCAAGCUGGCCCUGGACGUGGAGAUCGCCACCUACCGCAAGCUGCUGGAGGGCGAGGAGUGCAGGAUGUCUGGAGACCUCAGCAGCAACGUGACUGUGUCUGUGACAAGCAGCACUGUUUCUUCGAACGUGGCGUCCAGGGCCGGCUUCGGAGGCUCUGGCUCUGGAGGUAGAGGAUCCGGCUCUGGAGGAGGAGGAGGAGGAUUCAGCUCUGGAAGCAGCAGUUACGGCUCUGGAGGCAGAGGGUCGAGCUCCAAAAGUGGCGGCGGUGGGCGCUAUGGCUCUGGAGGAGGAUAUGGUUCUGGCAGCAGCUCCAGAGGAGGCUCUGGAGGAGGCUACGGCUCCGGAGGAGGCUCUGGAGGAGGCUCCAGAGGAGGCUCUGGAGGAGGCUACGGCUCUGGAGGAGGCUCUAGAGGAGGCUCUGGAGGAGGCUAUGGUUCUGGGGGUGGCACUAAAAUGGGAGGGGGAGGUGGCGAGAAGAUUAGCUCCGGUGAAGGUUACAGUUCCAACGUGAGCUUCUCUUUCAGAUAAAGAGUCCUGCUCUUGAUUCUCCCACUCUAGAAGCUUGUCUCUGUACAUCUAACUGACAGUAGAGCAAACCUUGUCAUCCACCUCUGAUCGCAUUUUGGGGGAAAGGGAUGCCCACAUAGAAUUUUUGAAAUAGCUCCUCUUCAAACAAAUUAGUUGAAGCCAGUGACAAGACACCCUGUGUCCCCUGGGAAAAAUCAUUGCCUAGGUUUGUGCUUCCAGUCACGCCCCUAUUCCUGGGCCCUCCUUGCAUUGCCCAUUUGGUGGUCCUUCCCCACCCCAGACAAGCAUCCUGUCGAGGACCCAUUUCAAAGCCCGCGCCUCUCCCCUGGCAGUGCCCCCAGGAAACCUGUUUCUGUGUACAUAGCCUGUUUUGCUGGCUCCUGCA